GAGGCAGCCGCUUGGCACCACGCAACGCACUCUUGGUCAGCCGGGCUGGGCGCUAUUCUACAGCACUGUCGCACUGCUGCACCCUCUCCAACCAACCUGAUUCCUCAUCAAAUCAACGACUCCCUGACGGAGCCACGCGCGCUCUUUUCUUUGCUUCUCUCUCUCUGCCUACCGUUUUCCCUUCAAACCUUGUUCGCCUUUUGUGUUCAAACCACUUCCUUACCUCGCCGUUUCCACACGUCUUUUUCCACUACCGACCUUUUACCUCCGAUCGACGAACCCUUCCAACUUUCUGCGACACUCGUUCUGUUUCCUAGCACAUCUCUGACAUCAAAGAGGGGGGCGAUCCCAUCACCUCUCAACAAAGAUUAACCACAACCACAUCGACUUACGACGCCCACCAUGACGAGUCGGUACGAGCGGGUGAACACCCGCGACGAAGAAGAUCACCACACACCUAUCUCCAAUGCGCCAAGGCCGACAUAUCCUAUCCCAAACUCGCCACCACCAUCUUUUCACUCGAGAGCAUCGUCGAUAAUCGGCAGAGACAACGGGAACCGCCAGAACCAGGAUCUUGACGACGCAUUUGGAAGCGAGGAUGAGGAUGCCUGGGAUGAUGAGCCGGAUGAUCGGCAGAGGCUGGUGCGCGACAAUACAACACCAAGUGCGAGCGACGCAGCCUCGAUAACACCAGCGACGACGGCGACGACGGCACAGACGAGUGCACAGGCUUCGCAACCGUCGAGGCCAGUUGGGCAGGCACCGACAACGACGAGGGUGUACGGCGGCGGAAUCCAGUCGGAUGGUGUCUUUUCGAACUUGGCGGCCAAGCCAGAGAGGGGAGAACCAGAGAAGGAAGAACUUCCACCUUCCUACGAACAGGCAGCAGCUGAUUCUGCGCCCCCUUACUGGGAAACGACAGUCCUCGCCCCAGGGCUGGGCGGCUUUGACGACGUGUUUAUAGACGGAAUGCCGGUCGGUUCGAUCUUCAGCUUCUUGUGGAACGGAUUCAUCUCGAUGACCCUUCUCGUCGGUUUCCUGCUCUGCUACCUUCUACACACCACUCACGCAGCCAAAAACGGAGCGAAGGCCGGCUUGGGCAUCCAACUCAUUCAGUAUGGCUUCAUGAUGCAGAGCGCACCACCAUCUGGAGGCAGGUAUGAUGAUGACCCGACUGCUGACAGCGGAUUCAUCAACCCUGUGGACCCGAACGCGCAUGACUUUGACCCCGAUAAUGUGCAAGAUCAGAACGGCGGUGGUGUAGACGAUUUUACAGGCGCCGAUUGGGUGUCGUACCUCAUGAUGAUUAUCGGUUGGUUUGUUCUCAUUCGGGCUGUCAGCGACUACCUAAAGGCGAGGAGACAUGAGCAGCUUGUGCUUCAAAGCCCUGACCGGGGUCUUGGUAUUCCUGUUAUUGCCACGGGCGAGCGUCCCGACACCGUUGUGUAG